UGCCGCGUGUUGUCGCACUUCACUUCCGGCGAAGGGGACUCUUAUCUCCCACGACGCCCUGCGCGCGCUCUCUCUCUCUUCCGGUUGUCGUGUAGCAGCAGACGGAGAUCAGGAAUGGCCAAGUCUAAGAACCACACCUCGCACAACCAGUCUCGGAAGUCGCACAGGAACGGCAUCAAGAAGCCCAGGUCUCAGCGCUACGAGUCUCUGAAAGGGGUGGACCCUAAGUUCCUGAGGAACAUGCGCUUUGCCAAGAAACACAACAAUAAGGGCAAGAGGACCAUCGCCAAGAAAGCGGCGUCCAAAUAGAUGAGGACAGACCCCAGAGAGUCAGCGGUGUACAGAUGUUCUCCAGAAGGACUUGAUGCCAUGCUCAAUAAAGCUGUGCUCUGACCAAG